GCUCUGUCUAAACACCCCUUUCGUCACCCCGUUUCGCCGCCGAGUCGCUAUAUUAAUACGAAAGAACCGAGUCUACACUCGACCGCGCGAGUAUGCUCCGCAAGACCGACAUCGUGAUCGGAAGUGGUUCGUUCGGAAAAGUCAAAUACGGACACUCCGGAGUCAUUCCGGUGGCGAUCAAGAAGUCGAGUACCUACGAAGCUGCGCGUCACAAACGGGAGCUGGAAACUUGGUUUAAGGCGGUUCAUCCCAAUAUCCUGCCGUUAUUUGGAUAUCUGGAGGACGAGCAGGCUCGCGACGGCCCGAUAGAAAUAGUAUCGCCGUGGGUGCCUGAGGGUACCCUACAAGACUGCUGCAGGACACAUGUCAACCUCAGUCCAAAGACAAGGAGGAGCUUGGUUUUCGAUGCUGCGUUAGGCCUUGCAUACCUUCAUCGGAACGAUAUAGCACAUCUGGAUGUCAAAGCGACCAACAUUCUCGUCACUCACGUACACGUGAAGGGUUCUGUCUUCAAGCUUCGUGCGCUCCUUUGCGACUUUGGCUGCGCCAAAGGUCAACUGCAGGAUCAGGACACGUCGGCGUCCGUCGUCAAGGGCUCACUUCGGUGGCAAGCAUGGGAACUCUGCGCACCCAGCAAGACCGAAGAGAAGUUCCCAGGAUGGAGGAAGUCAAAUUCGCGGCAUGAGCUUCUUGCAAAGGCGGAUGUCUGGUCAUGGGGAAUGACAAUCUUGGAGGUGUUUUCGGGCGAACUUCCGUACAGCGGUCUACCGGACGACCGGGUCCUGCAACAUCUACAGAAAUCGGAGACGCCAUCCUAUGAUCGAGACCUGAUGACACGCAAGGGCAUGGACGAAAGUCUGGAAUCGAUAAUGAUGAGCUGUUGGUCGGCGGAUCCGCGGUUGCGACCUACGAUGCAUGCCAUCCUUGAGGAGGCAAACAUUCCACCAGCUGCUCAGGUAACGCAGGACGCGUCGCGGCCGCGAUCACCGUCGGACCAGUUCAGCUCUCACGCGAAGAAGAGAGUAUUGUUCUAUGCUAGAGCAAAACGUCCUUCAUGGGCGAGUGCGGACCGUCAGCAGGAUAUCUUGACGGCCGAAGCGGAUCAGCUGUUGGAAGUCCGCAAAGACGAUAUCAUCGCUGUCACGCACGAAAGCCCAGAUGGGUGGUUCCGGGGACAGCGGCACAUCCGUGUAGGGGAAAUGAGGCUUCCCUGCGAACCAGUUCGGAUACGUGACCCGGAGCCUCCGAAGACCAAGCUACAUAAGAACACGGUGCCGUUCGUCGCACACUUGAAGGUUUGGUAUAAGAACAGACACGACGUUGAAUAUCCCGCGGACACGCCACUUCUCGUAACCAGAACGCCAAAGACUGGAGACGAUGUGCAACGGAUGAGGGCUUGUAUACUGAAGCCCGAGGCGAGCGGUUUGUUUCCCGUCCAGCAUGCCAAGAAGAUCCUGGGACCACGAGACAGUUGUCGACCGAAAGGUGUUCUGUAUUACAUGCAAGUCAUUGCGGACUUCGAUCGCGAGCGCGGGAUGCAUCCUCGACUUGCGGCUCACGAGCUACGUUUCGGACCCGGCGAGGUUAUCGCCGUUACCGACGCGCCUGCCGAGGGACCGUGGAUUGGUGAAAUUGUCAACCCGAUGGAUCUUCGACCGAGGUGGUCAGGAUACUUUUUAUCGGACGCCGUUGAGUGUGAAUGGUUGGCGAAUUGACUUGCGAAGCCGUUCACGUCGUCUCGUUGUGUCCGCUUGUACUCUUAGACAUUAAAUAAUGCAUCGCGGCCUGUUUCAUACUCG